AACGAAUGAGGUAGGGGGUCGGAGGGGGCAUUUGAUUUUUUUGCUAUGCUGCCAUCGUGGGUAGAGUAGCAAAUUUGUUAGGGGCAGAGAAGAUGGCGGCGAAGCGCGAGACCGAGUCGGACGGCGAAGAGCUCGGCGCCGAGGGCUCCAACCCCGCGGGCGGUGGUGCGCCUCCGCCGCCCCUGGCUGCGGCGCCCGUCGUCUGCCUCAUCCACUCCGCCGGGGACUUCGCCGGCGGCGCCUUCGUCGGAUCCAUCGUCGGAUAUGGACAAGGCCUGUUCACUAAGAAAGGCUUCAAGGGCUCAUUCAGCCAUGCAGGGUCCUCUGCCAAGACUUUUGCAGUUCUAUCUGGUGUUCAGAGUUUGGUCGUGUGCUUGCUGAGAAGGCUGCGUGGGAAAGAUGAUAUUGUCAAUGCCGGCGUAGCUGGUUGCUGCACUGGCCUUGCUUUGAGCUUUCCAGGAGCACCGCAAGCGUUGCUCCAGAACUGCGCUACCUUUGCAGCAUUCUCUUGCAUCAUGGAGGGGCUUAACAAGCAGCAGGCUGCAAUGGCUCACACGCUUGGAGGGGCUGCCUUGACGGUUGCACAUGAGAAAGGCGGUGUUCUGCCCCCGUUCACGCUCCCUCCAAUUCUUGAUGCAUCGGAUGCUUUAGCUUCAUGCUGCCAAGCGUUAGUAAAGCCUAAGCACUAGACUACAGAAUAGGUGGGGAGGGAGACGCCGAAGAAAGGUAGCUUCAAUCUUCGGUUCUUUAUUUUGUUGACUUAGCACUUGUAAAUUUUGUCUUUGGACAAGAUGUGGAACGUGCGUAAAACCUAGAUUUGCUUUGAGUAACUGGCCAGGUUUUUCUUGAUGUGUUUGUAGCAUGCGCUUUCUGACUAUAUUGCGGUGCGCCUGGCAUAUUAAAAUCAUAAAUAUUUGCCUCGA